CGAUACGUAGUGUAAACAAAGCCGUGGAUAAAAGCGCGCCCCACCUAGCCCCGGAUCACAAGCGCCUCUCCGUCCAGCCACUUCAAGGUCUCUGUGAGAGUAAAGCUCUUUGUUAACUGUCCUCUACCUUCCUCGCUAACUCGCAACAACAAAAAUGAGGGAAUGCAUCUCAGUCCACGUCGGCCAGGCCGGAGUCCAGAUGGGCAAUGCAUGCUGGGAGUUGUAUUGUCUGGAGCACGGCAUCCAGCCUGAUGGUCAGAUGCCCUCAGACAAGACCAUCGGGGGUGGGGAUGACUCCUUCAACACUUUCUUCAGCGAGACUGGAGCGGGGAAACACGUCCCCAGGGCCGUCUUCGUCGACCUCGAACCCACUGUUGUCGAUGAGGUCCGUACCGGCACCUACCGCCAGCUAUUCCACCCCGAGCAGCUGAUCACCGGCAAGGAGGACGCCGCCAACAACUACGCCCGUGGCCACUACACCAUCGGCAAAGAGAUCGUGGACCUCGUCCUUGACCGCAUCAGGAAGCUAGCUGACCAGUGCACUGGACUCCAGGGCUUCCUCAUCUUCCACAGCUUCGGUGGCGGCACUGGCUCCGGCUUCACCUCACUGUUGAUGGAGCGUCUUAGCGUCGAUUACGGCAAGAAAUCCAAGCUUGAGUUUGCCGUUUAUCCCGCUCCUCAGGUCUCUACUGCCGUCGUGGAGCCCUACAACUCCAUCCUGACCACCCACACCACCCUGGAACACUCCGACUGCGCCUUCAUGGUCGACAACGAGGCUAUCUACGACAUCUGCCGCCGCAACCUUGACAUUGAGCGUCCAACGUACACCAACCUGAACCGACUCAUUGGUCAGAUCGUCAGCUCCAUCACUGCCUCGCUCCGAUUUGACGGUGCCCUGAACGUUGAUCUGACGGAGUUCCAGACCAACUUGGUGCCCUACCCACGUAUCCACUUCCCUCUGGCUACCUAUGCACCAGUUAUCUCCGCCGAGAAAGCCUACCAUGAACAGCUCUCUGUGUCCGAGAUCACUAACGCCACAUUUGAGCCCGCUAACCAGAUGGUAAAGUGUGACCCCCGUCACGGAAAGUACAUGGCCUGCUGCAUGCUGUACCGUGGUGACGUCGUCCCGAAGGACGUCAACGCUGCCAUUGCAACCAUCAAGACCAAGAGAACCAUCCAGUUCGUCGACUGGUGUCCCACUGGUUUCAAGGUCGGCAUCAACUACCAACCACCAACUGUUGUCCCCGGUGGUGACCUAGCCAAGGUCCAAAGAGCUGUCUGCAUGUUGAGCAACACCACAGCUAUCGCCGAGGCCUGGGCUCGUCUUGACCACAAGUUCGACCUGAUGUAUGCCAAGCGUGCCUUCGUCCACUGGUACGUGGGUGAGGGUAUGGAGGAGGGAGAGUUCUCCGAGGCCCGUGAGGACUUGGCUGCUCUGGAGAAGGACUAUGAAGAGGUUGGAGUCGACUCAGUUGAGGGCGAGGGCGAGGAGGAAGGAGAGGAAUAUUAAACAGGCUGUCACACAGCCUCCAUAAACAAUGCAACGAUGAGCUGAAUAAACAAAUAAAA